AUGACAUCACUAAACACCAUGCUAAGCAGAGUUUUAGUGCAAAAUUCGAGGAAAAAUGUGCUGAAAAGCGUUUUUCUCACUCCAAACCAAUUUCGGGCAUUCUCCAAGACGAUUUGCGCCCUGGAACUUCAAAAAUCGCCACCAACCCCCAAGAAACAGGAGAAUGCCCUACAGCGGUCGAUUUUGGAGGAGGUUUUGGUCCAUGAGAAGCAAAAACCGACUACUUUCACCGGAAAAGUGGCUGAAAAGGCGUCAAACACGUUUAUGUACACUGCUGUGGUCGCUGGCGUCGGUCUGAUUGGCGCUUUUAUCUAUGUGCUUGCCGGAGAGUUCUUCGCCCAAGAUUCCCCACAAACUAUCUUCAAUAAAGCUCUCGCGCUGGUCCGCGAGGACGGUCGUUGUCAGGACAUUUUCGGUGCCUCUAUCGCAGGAUUCGGCGAGGAGACGUCCCGGGGACGUCGUCGCCACGUGGCACAUCACAAGUACGAAAAAGAUGGAAUGCAAAGAAUUCGAGUGCUUUUCCAUGUGAAAGGAGACCGGGAUGAAGGCAUUGCUCAGGCGGAAAUGGAGCAACGGGAUGGUGAUUGGGAGUGGCGAUUCCUGUAUGUGGAGAACAAGCGGCGACCCAAAACCACCCAUGUGCUGAUUGAUAAUCGAUAA